UCCCGGCCGAGGAAGUUAGGAUUAAGCGCCGAGCGGAAAAACUAGCUUACGAAAAUACGCGGCACUUGACUGAUAAAAUUGUUCGGAAAAGUUUUCCGUCGGAAAUUGUCUAGGCCGAGGGGAUUUAUUUACGUCGCAGUUCGACGCCGGUUAACUAAGUGGUUGGGUGACAUGAGUGAUGUUUGGUGAUUGUUUUCCUUUUUUUCUUUUUUGUACAAAUUUAUUGUGUGCGAUUGGAACUUUAACUAUAAGUCCGGAAGAUUGCUUCGUUGUAGUCUGAUACCUCGCGUCAGCAACUCCAGCAUUUUUGAUCUUCAGAGACCACAAAGAGUAAUAAUUCAAAGGCGCAACAAAGCAAAUAGCGACAGAGGAAAAAAAAGCUAGAGGAGCGGCAAAAAAGGGCGGUAAUCGGGACCGCGAAUGGGCCAUUCCAGUCAGAAAAUUUAAUUACACUCAUAAAAGAGUAUUUAUAUGGGAAGGAACCAUAACAAUAGUGUGGUUGUGUUGUCGCCGGCCAGCGCCGCAGUUCUCCCUUGAUAUCGUUGUUGACAUAAAAAAGGGACCGCUUUUAAUGAAGCCAUUGUAUUAUCUGAUGUUGACGGUGCUUCUAAAAGCCACCCAAAGCGCUGGAUCGGGUCUCAAAUGGGUUAGAGUCAACGUACCCCAAUACAGGGUGCCGGGUGAGACCGCAAUGCUCCAGUGCGACUACGACUUAGGAAAUGACACCCUUUACUCGGUGAAAUGGUACAAGGAACACGAAGAAUUCUACCGAUAUGUUCCGAAAGCUAGACCGCAGGCUAACUGGUACAAAGUAGAAGGAGUGCAUGUAGACAUGUCUAAGUCGGACAGCAGGAGAGUGGUACUCCACCCCGUCAGCUGGAAAACGAGCGGCCUCUUCAAAUGUGAGGUGUCUGCUGAAGCGCCAUCUUUCGCGUCAGCACAAAGCGAGGCCCGAAUGGAAGUUGUAUCCCUUCCAGAUGAGGAUCCAGUAAUUUCCGGCGUGGAGGAGCAAUAUCAGAUAGGCGACGAAAUAACACUGAAUUGUACUUCGGGGAAGAGUCAUCCGGCCUCCAUACUUCAUUGGUAUAUCAACGAACAGCAGAUUCAAAAACCGGAAGCGCUUAUUCAAUAUCCCGUCGAAUAUCAUUCUAGGGGUCUGGUGACAACUACACUCGGGUUACAUUUCACACUCAGCAGUCGCCACUUUUUGGGUGGUUCGAUGAGAGUGAAAUGUGUAGCGUCAAUUUCCCCGAUACUAUUCAGCGAAGAUAGAGAGACGAUAGUGCAAAGUUUGCCGGUAAUGAGGGACAUGCGGGAAGCUCUCUUGCUCGUUAAAAGCACAGCAUGCAGAACUUCCGGAGGGCUGGUCUACAUUUUUCUCUUAAUAUUGGUGAUAAUACAUUUGCCGACAUAAUAAGGUCUAACUGGUGUAUUUGUAUAAUUAUGAAUAAGUGGGCAUCUUUGUGAUGGGGAUAUAGGGAAAAUAGGUAUUAAGUACUAGAGUACGUAGGUUUCAAGGAAGAUGGUUUUUGGAAAAUUGCGUAAGAACGAUCCAAUGCAAUUACGCAAUUUUUACAAAGCACUGGUAAUUCGAAAAUGAUUCAAACUUAACCCCGUGACUGUUCGUGAAAAAUCUUUCCCUUCAGCUUGUCGCAAACCAUCAGAGGUAGAAUAAAUUCCUUAAGUAGCGAAAUUAGGUUAAUUGAUUAUUUUAAAUUAUUGUCUACAACGAUUAACCAAAGCUAUAGUUAUUAUUUUUAUAACAAAGUAAGAAAUUUAGAAAAUGUCGAUUAAAUCGACGCUAGAAGAAUACGGUGAUAUUAUUAAAAUAUAGUUGCACUUAUAUUUAUCGAUUGUGUAAUUAAUUGGCCAUUUGAUGCGUUUGAAAUGCAAUCAAUAUAUUUAUAAACGAAUCUCCGAAAAAAAUAUCAAUGUGUUGCGUUUUACGGCAACUAUAUACUGCUCAAAAAAAUUAUAGGGCUAUACUAUUUUAACCAAAUGUAAGUUGAAACCAGAGACCCAACUUUUAUACAUUUACUAUAUUUGAUCAACCAGUUUAGCCAAUCAACAUUUGGUUAGCGAGCGUAGAUAUUUUUCUAAACAGCAUAAUAAAUCGACCACUUUCAGAAGUUAACAUUUUUAUAUUCAUUAAUUAAAUACAAAUGCUAAGAACUUGGAUUUGACUCGGCAACAAAUUCUAACAAAAUUAAAUAAUGCGUGCUUUGAAAAAUACACUUCCCAAUUUUUCCGUUUGCUGUUUCUUUACAUUUUCCUUUUUGAACAUUUAUCUCCCAAAUAUAUUCCAAAAUUAUAAUUUAUAGCAAAGUAUUGUUAUAAAGCUCAACAGUUAGUUCCGACUAUUUUGAAAUUACUAUUUCUGGUGCUACCACAUUUAAAUUAAAAUUACUGACGGUACUAACUCUCGUAUCAGAAAAUAAAGUGCAUGAUCUUAAAAAGAUAAAUGUAUGUAUUGUAUGAGAAUUGUUUGUACUUACCGGAUGGGAUAACAUGAAACACUCAACACUUACACUCAAAGAAGAAAAAAAGACAAAAGUUGUUCUUUGAAUCUAUUGAGCAGUUAACCAAAUAAGUGGUGCUUAUCCUAUUCGUGGCGUUAGAAAAAUGUCUACGUACUCGUAUACGCCUUUGUGAGCGUUAAAAUAGGUAUAUAUAAGUCAAUUUCACGCGACUAAAGCAACGGUUCUCAAUUUAAAUUUAGGUGAUUUCUUUAAAGGGAAGAGGAAGAGGUGGACAAAUUAACGAAAAAUAUGUUCGAAUGUUGUACGAUAUAAAUUUAAACCUAUUUUAGUGUACAUUUAUCUGAAAUCAGCGAUGUGAUACGUUAUAUUUUACGCUUCGAAUUCAAUCUUACAUCAACGCUAAAUAUAUCUAAUUCAACUUUCGAUUAUCUCAAUAGUCGAAUUAGCUAACCAACAGCACAAUUUCUGAUCGUAGUCAUUACGAGAAUAUCUGUAAGCUUAAUAACAUGCACGCUGUAUAUAUGUGUCCAACGAGCAAAUUUUAUAUAGACAUUAGCGGAUUAUUUUGUGUUAUUUCGAAAUAAAAGUGUGAAGC